GCCAGUAUUGGCGCGUGAGCGUCACUGAGGGUUGCAACCAGUAUGGCUCUAGCUAAACUGUGAUCACCAUCACAGAAUUUGUACUUGUGCGCCACAGCAUUUUGUUGCUGUAAGUAGGACUUAUGGGUGAUUACUACCGGGUGCUUGGAGUUAAUCCCGGAGCAAGUCAGGAUGAAAUUAAAGUUGCAUUUCGGAAGCUCGCGCUCUUGCACCAUCCAGACAGGCAUGCUGGUGCAACGGAGGCGAAGCAGGCGGAGUCUGCAUCGAAAUUUAAGGCAAUUACGGAAGCCUAUGACGUGCUAACGGACGAUCGGAAACGCACUCAAUACGAAGCUUCUGUGCGUUCAAGAAGCAGCGGCGGCGGUGGUGGUGGUAGCAGCAGCAGCAGUGCAGGAGGGGGUCAAUGGUACGGCAGUCAACAUAACGUCAACACGGACUGGACUCGAAGCAGCUACAAACACGAG